AUGCAACCCAUCCUACAGGAUCCUGCACGAAUCUGCAGUCGGCCUCAUUACAGCACAGACUUGGCGAGACCCUCUGAUGAUGAGGAUAAGGAUGGAGAAAGAGUGGACAGCAACGAUCCAGAGGAGUCGUUCCAGAACAUUCAGCAUCAGAAGGAAAUCAUCGCCAACAUCCGAACUAAACCCUGGCCAAUGAGACGCAAGCUAAAAGUGCUCAAGCAAGCCAGAGAGAUAGUUCUGAAAUAUGAGGGCAGACUGACCAGGACGAGAGGUUACCAGGCAGCCGGGGCAGAGUUGUUGAAGAAGAUUUCUAGAGUCUUCUACAACAUUGUCGUCUUGUUCAUUCCCUGGGAGAUGAGGAUUAAAAAGAUUGAGAGUCACUUUGGAUCAGGUGUUGCCUCUUAUUUCAUAUUCCUGCGAUGGCUAUUUGGGAUCAAUAUAGUCCUCACUGUUAUGACUGGAGCCUUUAUCGUGCUGCCUGAGCUCCUGGCCGGCGCUCCGUUCGGUACCACCCGCAGCAAGACCAUCCCCAAGGAGCACCUUUCCUCCGCACAAGACCUGGACACCAUCUGGUCACUGGGGGGAUAUCUACAAUACUCUGUGCUUUUUUAUGGCUACUACAGCAACGUGCGUAAAAUCGGCAGCGCCGGCUACAGACUACCCUUGGCCUACUUUCUGGUCGGGAUGGCAGUUUUUGCCUACAGCUUCAUCACUUUGCUUAGAAAAAUGGCUAAAAACUCUCGCACGAGUUUAGCUGGUGCCUCAGAAGAGAAUUACACCUUCUGCUGGCGUGUCUUCUGUGCAUGGGACUAUCUGAUCGGGAACCCAGAGGCGGCCGAGAGUAAAGGGGCAGCCAUCGUCAAUAGCAUCAGAGAGGCCAUUGUAGAAGAGCAAGAGAAGAAGAAAGACACAAGCCUCAACUUAAGACAGUUUUUGCGGAUUCUGGCCAACAUUCUGGUGCUGAUGUCUCUGACCGGCAGCAUCUACAUCAUCUACUUUGUGGUGGAUCGCUCUCAGAAACUAGAGCAGGAGAAACCAGAGCUAACACUCUGGGAGAAGAAUGAGGUGAGUGUGGUUGUGUCCCUCAUCACAAUGAUUGCUCCUUCAGCCUUUGAGUUAGUGGCUCAGCUGGAAAUGUACCACCCCAGAACAAGUCUCCGCUUCCAGCUUGCCAGAGUUCUGGUGUUGUACCUUGGAAACCUCUACAGUUUGAUCAUUGCCCUCCUGGAUAAAGUCAACAGUAUGAGCUCUGCUAUCACUGGGGGUCCAGGAAACCUGUCUGACUCAACAUCAUACCUAGCAACGAUUUCCCAGCCUGCUGAGGACAACCUGUCCACCAUCGUCCCAGAUAUCGCAGAGCGGCUGAACAGCACACUGACCAUGACUCUCCUGGACCUCAACAACAGCAUGACCACCAUCAAGAGCACCACAUCCUCCACACAAGCGAUGAGAAUGCAGGCUCUGCUAAACCAGACCGUCCUCUAUGAGUACAACACCAGAUCACAGCAGGACCCCUGCUGGGAAACAUACGUCGGCCAGGAGAUGUUAAAGCUCUCCAUCAUUGAUAUGAUCUUCACAGUGGCAAGUAUCCUGCUCAUUGAUUUCAUCCGGGGACUGGUGGUUCGAUACUUGAGUGACUGCUGCUGUUGGGACUUGGAAAGCAAGUUUCCAGAAUAUGGUGAAUUUAAAAUUGCAGAAAAUGUUCUUCAUCUGAUAUACAACCAAGGAAUGAUUUGGAUGGGAGCAUUCUUUUCACCCUGUCUGCCCGCCUUUAACGUCCUGAAGCUCGUCGGGUUGAUGUACCUGCGGAGCUGGGCUGUGCUGACCUGUAAUGUUCCCCAUCAGCAGGUCUUUAGGGCCUCCAGAUCAAAUAAUUUCUAUCUGGCGAUGCUUCUCUUCAUGCUUUUCCUGUGUAUGUUACCGACCAUUUUUGCCAUUGUAAGGUACCGGCCGUCUCAGUACUGUGGACCAUUCAGUGGCCAGGAGAAGAUUUACGACAUCAUCUCCGAAACCAUUGCCAAUGACUUUCCGCUGUGGUUCCGUAAAGUAAUGAGUUACGUCACCAGUCCUGUGGUGGUGCUGCCCGCUCUGCUGCUACUCUUCAUGCUGAUCUACUAUCUCCAAUCCAUCGCUAGAUCACUCAAAGUCACCAACAGCCAGCUGAGACUGCAGCUGCAGACCGAGAGGACAGACGACAAGAAGAAAGUAUUUCAGUUAGCUGCAGCACGUCUGCAGGGACCUGAGGGUGGUGAUAAAAAGCUGGAACAAGAGAGUGACAUUACUAGUAUUGAGUCGCCUGCCUCUCCUCCGCGCCGCAACGGCAGCGUCACCAACUUUGAAUCUCCCGUUCGCCAUGGCAUCCGGACCAUAACACAGUCUGCUUCACGGCCGGACAUCCCUAGAGCCGCCGGAGCGACUCGGAGCCCCUCUGUUCCUGUGCGGCAGAAACACAGAGCAGAGCCUGUGGCCAGUAGUGCUUUCAGAAUGUACAACAGCCCCUCAGUUCCCCAAAGACAAGUACGACGAGUGGAGUACAUACCCAUCAGGCAUUCUGGGUACUUGGGCAGCAACAGUGGAUCCUGCCGCUCCAAGUCCUAUCACAACAUGGCCUAUAACCCCUGUGCACGGUAUGCUGAAAACAUCCACUCCGAUCCGCUGUUUCGGAAGAACCUCCGGCCUAUGCGCAUCGAGCCCAGUGUAACCACGGCUCAGAGCUACGCGGGCCGCCGGACACAUGCGACACGAUAUGUCAUUGUCAAUGAACACGAAGCUCGCAAGAAGCUCAUGCGCUCAAAUACACGCAUACCAAGACAUUACCACCUCGCAGACGAACCAACGGAGAUCGUAGAGCUUUAUCCACGCAGUGUGAAGUGCUACAUUCCUCGUACUCCUCACCGAAGCCACCAGCCACACCUCAGUGAGGAAGAGGAGGAGGAAGAGGAAGAUCUGAAGAGCAGCACGAGGAGGGGGUCGUCCAAACAGUCGAGCCGUCCAAGAUUGCUGUCAGAUAUCCAUCAGACAACGCGAUUCUACAUUGGCAAUACGAUAAACAGUCAGUUGUCUAUGGAGCAGGGUUCAUACGGCGAUGAAGAAGAGGACGAUCAAGAAGAUGACUGGGUGAACGACCCUCAAACAAACAUCCAAGGCCCAGAGUCAGCUCACAGGUAUGGUGAACCAUACAUCAAGCCCAAGACCAAGCAUAAAGUGGAGCCGUCGCUGACCGAAUCGGAUUCGGCAUCGCUAGCAUCCAGUAGUGACCAGCAAAACAGCAGCACUGACCAAUACAUCCAAGUCAUUCACAACAAAGAGAAGUACCUGAAGUCCAGCGCUAAGCUGACCAAAAAGAAAUCCAAGAACAGCGUUAAACUGAAUGUUCCUCGUACUGAUGAUCUUGCCUGCUCCAACGUUUAACCUGUUUAGAGCUACAGUAAAACUGAGAUUUUGGCUCUGUUCGAAAACACUGGUAAGCUGUCUUCAUACUGAUGGAAGCUUUUUAGGUUUACACCAACACUUCUUUUAAAAUCAGAACAGAUUUGGAAACAUUAGGCAUCAUACAUGAUCUGAUGACAUUUCAGUUGUUGCUAGAAGACAUGUGACAAAUGAAAACAAUAUAUUCAAAAAUCUGCUUAAAAUAUCAAACGCGUUUGAUAUCAUCCAGCUGGAUAGGAUCAAGUGGACCAUCAUACAGUACGCAAUUUUCUGUGAACUCUGACUGCCCAAAAUCUGCAGAAUGACUUUUGGACACUAGGAUCAACUUGUUCAGGGCAAAACUACAGGCAAAACUCCUGUAGUGUAUUCUAGCCUUGAAACCCCACCUUCUGGC